AUGCUGUCUUUCACCCGCAGUCGCAAGUCUUAUUACCUCCUGUUGGCGUGCGCGGCGACAUCGAUCUGUCUGAUCAACCUGUUCUAUCUGACAGAGACAGUAGACAAUCACCGCUUGUCCGGGUUCACCUUCUUCGGAAAACCAAAGCCUGUGGGGGAAUAUGCGCACGAUGGACACCCGAUUGUCAGUCUUAUGCGAGAGGCCAACCGCCAAUGGCUGGCGUACGAUAACAGUCGCUCUACAAAUUUCCGCCGGACUGUGGCCAAGUACCGUGAGAUCCAUGGUAGACACCCACCCCCAGGCUUUAAGGAGUGGUACAUGUUUGCGCGCAAGAAGAAUGCGCACAAUGUGGACGACUUCCAGCAGAUCAGUGGCGACUUGCGACCCUUCUGGGCGUUAGCUCCAGCCGAUAUCCGAAAAAUGGCAGCCAAGCUCCAGAACAGCGACGGGAUUGCUGGUGUACGUAUCCGAAACCACAAGGUUUCUAUCGAUAUGGAAAGCUGGCGGCCGGAGACCUUGCGCGAUUCCAUCAAACGUAUAGCGAAGUUUCUUCCAGAUAUGGACAUUGCGCUCAAUGUUAUGGACCAGCCUCGAGUCAUGGUUACCUAUAAUGACACACAGGAAUAUCUCCGUACUGAAGCACUGAGCAGAAGUCUGCCGAGCGAUGCGCUGGAUCAAUUCACUUUGGGAAUGGAUUAUCUGUAUGGGAAAGACUCCACCAUUGAGGGCGUGGAGCCAGAAUGGUUUUCGAUUGCAGGACGACCAUACAUGAGCUUUGCCAAUGAAUCCUGUCCGCCUGGUUCCCCUGCUCGCGCCAACAUCUCGACCAAGGAUGCCGACAAGCUUUAUAAGUCGCCGUCGGCUGGCUUCAUUACUAACUUCACGGCCUCUUCGGAUCUGUGCACGGUCGGUCCUGUUCUCGGAGACAGCCAUGGAUUUUUGUUCUCGGCUUCUAGCAAUAUCAUUUCGAGGAAGUUGCUUCCGGUCUUUAGCGAGUGCAAGGUCAGCGUGAACAAUGAUAUCCUGUUCCCCGCGAACAUGUAUUUCAUGAACGAUAAGCGAUAUGUCUAUAAUCCGCGCCACGACAACGAAUGGGAGGAUAAAUCCGACACUCUCCUCUGGCGCGGCGUUACCUCUGGGGGAGUUCAGCUCGCGGACAAUUGGCACCGACUACACCGCCAACGCUUCGUCCAGGCUGCCAACAGCACUGAGAUGGAAUCACGGACGGUUCCGAUUCUAGCGGAGAACAACAUGAAGCAAUAUCGAAACUUCUCCGAUUUCAGCCCUAGCAACUUUUCAUUGGAUCACUUCGAUGUCGGCUUCACUGAAGCCUGGGGCUGCAUUCCUGACUGCUCCUUCUACGACGAUAUCUGGACAUACAAAGAGCCAAAAGACUUCAGCCAGCAAUUCAAAUCAAAGUACCUUGUCGAUAUCGACGGACACAGUUUUUCCGGCCGCUGGCGUGCCUUCCAGCACAGCAAAUCCCUAGGCAUCAAAGCCACCAUCUUCCGCGAAUGGCACGAUUCCCGACUCUUCCCCUGGCGCCAUUUUGUUCCGAUGGAUAAUCGCUACGAUGACCUAUACGCAUUGAUGACUUAUUUCAUUGGUCUCGGUAACUCAUCAUCCAGCACAUUGCCUGCGUCCGGAGAGCCAUACGUUCAAAGCCACGACUUUGAGGCUGAAGUGAUUGCCGCUCAGAGUCGGGAGUGGGCGCAGCAGGCACUGCGCAAUGAAGAUCUUGAAAUUUAUCUGUAUCUUCUUCUGCUUGAAUAUGGUCGCAUUACGGAUGACAACCGCGAUAGCAUUGGGUACAGUGGGGACGGAAGCGAGCUAGAUCAUUUUGAUGCGCAAUACCCUUUUUCUAUGCCCAUACAAAUGGUCGUUGGUGAUCAUCCUGAUACCCCAUGA